UAAAUACCAGGACUGUAACACCCGGCAGUGUCAUUACAUCGGAUUUGAGCCGGCUGCCAGCUGAUAUUUGAAUAUUAUAAUUUCCUGUUUUGGUAAAAAGCUUCAGUGUCGGGGCAAUGAGACCUUACACCCGAUUUCCCUACAGUCGAUACAGUGGCGGCAUCAUGGAAAGCAGCAAGUAUUCUUCGUUGUUGGUGCAAUAUGUCAAAAUUGCAGCCGUUGUAGCUCUGUAUUGGACUAUUUCUAUAUCCAUGGUAUUUAUAAAUAAAUAUCUACUCAGUAGCGAUGAUUUGAAACUUGAUGCACCACUAUUCGUAACAUUCUACCAAUGUGUAAUAACAGCAAUACUGUGCGGCAUUUUUGGGAUAGUUGGAAGAUUUGUACCAGCUUUCUCAAACUUUCCAGAUGUAAAAUUUGACUACAGGGUGUCCCGUGAGGUGUUGCCGCUGUCUGCAGUGUUUGUUGGUAUGAUCACUUUUAACAAUCUCUGCUUGAAAAAUGUUGGUGUGUCAUUUUACAACGUUGGUAGAUCUCUCUCCACUGUCUUCAAUGUGAUACUCUCAUACUUGAUUCUCAAACAAACCACCUCAGUGAAGGCUAUUGUUUGCUGCUGCAUUAUCAUAUUUGGUUUUAUUUUGGGCGUCGACCAGGAAGGAAACACAGGUGAUCUGAACUACAUGGGUGUUGUGUAUGGCGUCCUGGCAAGCAUGUGCGUCUCCCUCAAUGCUAUCUAUACCAAGAAAGUAUUGCCUGCUGUGGAGAGUAUAGGAAAGCUGCAGUACUACAACAACAUAAACGCCUGUAUAUUAUUUAUACCAUUAAUCUUACUGACUGGGGAAUUUCAAGUGUUAUUUCAUUUCCAGAAAAUCAGCGAUGUGGUCUUCUGGGCGGUGAUGAAUGGUGGAUUGAUGGGUUUCUUUAUCGGGUUCGUCACUGGACUUCAAAUUCAGUACACAAGUCCGUUGACGCAUAAUAUCAGCGGCACUGCCAAGGCUUGUGCACAGACCAUUAUUGCCGUUGUCCACUACCAAGAGAUCAAAACGAUGCUGUGGUGGUUUAGUAAUGCUCUUGUGCUCAUCGGAUCUGGCGCGUACACACACGUAAAAAGCAUGGAAAUGAAACAGGCGCAUGAAGCGAACAUUAAAGCUCUGAAAGCAGAAGAUGUAGAGCUCAUAAACCAAGACGAAGAGGAAAGAAAAGAGAACAGUGUUUAAACAGUGGUGACUUGACCCGGCUGCUUUUUUUUCUCAGUUUCUACAAAUCUACUAGAGUACUAGAGUGUAUUUUUUUGUUGGGAUCAGCAUUUACGAAACAAUGGUCAGAGUGUAUCAUCACUACCAAAAGGGUUUGAGAAAAUGGUUAUUUUUACAUAAUUUUAUUGCCAGUCAACAGUUUACAUUGUUCCAAUAAUGUGAAGACAGUAGAAGUUGGGUGGAGGCUACUUUGAUGUGUUUUUUUUUUUGUGUUUUUUUUGGUGCAACAAAUUAAUCAACAUUAAUUCUUGUAUAUGUAUGCAAGUACGAUUAGUUCAUGUUGAGUGGCUUAAGAGCCAGAUAACCUCUGUACACAAAACGGUAUGAUUAAAAAAAAAAUCGAAAUUUGUACCUAAUAAAAAUAUUAAAACGUGUUGAGCAGUGCAGAUACUAGUGUAUGAAUUUUAAUGUUCCCUGGGGGAACUUGAGUUACAUACUUCACAUGUGAGUUCAGUUUGUUUUUGUUUUUUUUAAUAUCCCCUUCUAUAGUUAGACAUGAACAUUCUCUGUAUUUGUUUUUUUCUGGGGGGGAUGUCAUAGGGUUAUUAAAGUAUUUUAUAUUUAUGUAUAUACAUUGGUAUUUUAAUAGUGUUUUAACAAAAUGCAUUAAUUGAUGGGGAGGAGGGGUUAAUGAAUAGAAAAAAAGUCAGUUGAUGAAACUUGCAUGAAGACGUGCAUGAUUCGCUCAGAAUAAAAAAAAAUGUUAUUUCGCUAACUCACAGCCCUGAUAUUGAGGUACAAUGUUAUCAUUUAUUGCUGUCAGUUAUUUGCUUGUUAAAUUGCUGAUCACCUUUAGUUUGCCGUGAUCAUGGGGGAAGCUUACUUAGUAUUUAUACUGAUACCACAGUAUUUUAUCCCCCCCCCCCAAGAACACUUAUCACAUCCUAUAAUUUGCAUGAAUCUGAAUUGGUAAUGGGAUAUUACUAGCAUCGUACCGAGGCAUAUAGUGAGUCACAUAGAUAUUUAUGACAUCCCAUACUGUAUGGUGUUAGCAUAAAUCCUAAUGAAUGGAUGAUAAAAUGAGA